AUGCCUCCCAAAAGACCCAGACAAGCAAAAGCAGGUGCGAUCCUGAGCGGCAUCUCACGUGCUGGCCCAGGGGAGGCAGAUAUCGGAAGCAUGGUGCCACAGGAUUCAUCCAACCACUCCAGAAACCACGAGGAGCUACUUCAAUAUCCAUCCACUACCUUAUCCAAUAUGCUUGGGAUGUAUUGCCACUUGUGCUGUGAUGGGAUACAGCCUGGAUUCCAACACCAGUGCAUCAACUGCAGCGCUCUCAUUUGCGAACAAUCCGUUCCUCGGAGCAGCGGUUGCAUUGUUCACGGAUCUGUAGUGUGCAGCAAGGAGGAGUUCCUGUGCCCAAUUUGUGCAAGGACUGGACAGAAGAAAGAUUCCCCUUUGCCGUACGGAUAUUCUGGCUUUGGAAGGCGAAAAAAGGUGAAGAUGGAAUGGCCGAUGUGCCUUGUGAACCUCAAUGCGGAGUCGUUGGAGGAAGGCUUCCUUGCAAAGACCACCAAGGUUGAACUAAUCAAUCAUUACAGGUCACACGCAUCAAACCUGUUCAUUCACACCUUGCCGAUAGCUCAGGGUGUGCGCGCGUCCGAGUCCAAGAACCUUGGGGGUGGGAUCGAGCUUAUGCAUAAGGCCAUAAAGGCUGGAUGUCCCCCGAAUUAUUUUGUCGUGAUUGACACGGACUCGGAUGAGUUUGCCAAAGGAAACGCCGUAGUCUCAGACGUUGUCGCAAAAUCCCUUGGUAAAGAAUUCAUGGAGUGCAUGGGAGCAGCCUCUUCUGCUGCAAGGGGUGACACAGCUGUCAAUGUCACGGCAACCGGGAACAAGCCGUGGUGCGAUCUCACUGCCAAGUCCAGAGGAGGACGGAGGGUUCUCCUCCUGGUCGGCAGCCAUCCUGCUAUCAGGCUCCGUCAUCACUUUGAAUCACUUGUGGCGUUGGUGAAGAAUGACAGUUUCGACUUCGUUCUUGGUUUUGGCGGUUCUGGUAGCUCCACAUCUCAAAUAUCUCAUACCGUGCGCUCCCUCAUUGUGGAGACUGGAGUGUUCGGACAAACCGAUCCAUGGUCUGCAUUGAGGGACAUCCUCGCGUCGAACCACCAAGUCUUAGACUACACAACUGUUGUGGUGUUGUACGCGACCGACACCGGUGUCUCCCGCCAAAUCGAAUGUCGUCAGAUUGGGAAGGACAUCCCUGCAUCGCAUGCAUUUGGCUACGAGUUCAAGCUGUGCGGAACAGCUGGAUGCGAUCCAGGGCUAAAAGGCAUGCAGGUCUACAACCAGAGGGAGAAAGUCCGGCUUCGGUGUACCUUGUGCCACUGGAGGUCUCCAUGGGUAAGGACCGAUGAGGACAACGAACACUUCAAGAGGGUGAACGCACUCACUGCGCCUCAGAUAUUCUGGCACCAUUUCCCCCCCUCAAAAGAACUUCAACAGUUUUUCAUCAAACUCGAGCCACGCGAACCAGAAGGAGGAGACAAGGGGGUGAAAGGUGGAGUCGCGGAGGGGAGGAGAGAGACAACCACCUCUCAGCAGCUGGAAGAUGUGCAGAUGCUGAACUUGGACUCAGGACAUUCCCUUGCGAUGGACGUUGAUGAAUGA